AUGGAUAGCAAAGAUAUCAUCAAUCCCAUCAACGGGACUUUUCUCCCUCAUCUCUUACUACCCCUGAGUCAACUUCUGGCAUUGACUUUACCACCGUUCAAACUGCGGAAACACAUUUUUGUCCCUAUCAUUGCUGGCCUCCUGGGUGCCACAUACACUACACACUUUGCCAAUACAGCCGCAGGGCGCGCACUUGCUGGUGCUCACUGGACUGUUGCUCUCGGGACCUUGGAGAAACUUCUCUUUGGAGUCCCAGAAAAAGACUAUUGGCGUAAUGGUAAGCCUCGUCAAGAGGCUAUGGCCAUGUCCUUUGGUUUUGCAAAAUUCCGUUGGGCCCUGUCGCUACUCGCGACCCAGCGAGGCAUUGGCUGGAAUUUCCAAGUUAAGGGUGUUCCCUCAAUGAAAGCACCUGAGAGCAAAUGGCCUUUCUUGGCAUAUCAGUUUCAGAAAUGGGCCAAGAGCUACAUCCUUUCUGACUUGCUCUACACGUAUUUUGAUACAUAUCACCACUAUGAAGGAAUUAACAUGGCCUUCAUGGAUCUCAGAGCCCGCACAUGGUCAGGUUCUUUUCUUAAUGCCUUUUGCGCUGGAGCCAAAUUGUACUUCCCCAUUCAAAUGCACUAUUGUUUUGCCUCAAUUGUCUCUCCAAUGCAGGACUGGCCUCCGGCGUUUGGAGACAUCAGCAAAGCCACAAGCGUGCGCAAGUUCUGGGGCUCCUUUUGGCAUCAGUUUAUCAGAAAGAUCUUCGCCGGGUACAGCGACUUUCUUGCUAGGUUCCUAAACCUGAGACCUGGAACCAAUUUCAACUCUUAUUUCAAGCUCUAUGUGUCAUUCGCUAUCAGCGGCAUCACACACGGUCUAAUGACUUAUACGAUGCCUGCCAAUCGCUUCCAUAGCUUCAAUGAUCGUUUCUUAUCUGUUUUUACCUGUUUUGUUGGCAACGCUAUGGCUAUUCACUUUGAAGAUAUCGUUAUCAAUAUCUACGGUAGACUCGGCGGUACCAAGAAGGUUGACAAGUUGUGGAAACGACUUGUGGGUUAUACCUGGGUCAUUUUGUGGUUCUGGCUCACUUGUCAUUGGGGUGCUAAUGCAUAUUUGAAGAUGGGGAUGACCAGUAUCCCAGAUAUGGCAUUCCCUUUUGUAGGGGAUUUGAUUCACAAAGUAGGACCCAAUGUGUUGUCGGAUAAGACAAUGGCCACUGUGGUCAACCAGGUGAACCAACUUGGGUUGAAUAGCUCAGCUAGAGUGUGA